AUGUUCUGGGCGUGGUGUGUCGGGCGGAAAUCGAUCAACAGCAUCGAGGACCACAAGUUUCACGCGCUGAUCAAGGAGGCAUACUUUGCCUUCGAAGCCCUAGUACAGCACCCGUUUGGGUUCGUGAGCUUCAUGCACGGACGCUGGCCAGAGAUAUUCUGUAUCGACGGUUGCGCGAAGAUUUGUACGGACGACGUUUCGAGAGAGCAGUUUGACAUUGCUCGGGUGGAGAGAGAUGUGGACGCAAACCUCUACAAUGAGAUGCUGAAGAUGUCCAUGAUUUCCAAGAUGGUUUUCAACGCGCACCUUCGCUGGGUGCUGGAAGCGGCUCCAAUCUUCGGACCAACCCCGGUGGGAUCUCCUGAGGACGGGGAUGCGGGGGAGCUGAUGCGCGCGCUCGGCGACGGCGCCAUUACCGACCUCUCCGACAAGUCCUUUGGUGACCUCAAGAACAUCUACAGGCUCUGCUUUCCCGAUGGAAAGGGAAUCAGCAUGUAUCCAACAAAGGAGCUUCUUGCCCAGUGCCUCCAAAAGCUCUGGGAGUUGGCGGAUGGCGAAGGCGAACGAUGCUUGAAGCUGUUCAUCGGCAAACCGUCGGGGUCAACGGCAGGAGUAGAAGGUCUCUUCACGGGUGAUGGAGUGAUGGCUGCGCACGUCUUCCAGAUCACGGCUGAGAGCCCAGCCGACGCUGUGGACAUGUUGGUACACCUCCCGGUGAGCUAUUGUACUCUUUCAACCAAGACCAUACAUGUCGUGAACCGACGCGAAAUACCGAGUGAGCAUGCCGUGUUCAAGUUGCACAGUGCGAUGCCAUGUGUAGACGAAAUGUGUGGUAAACAGCGUGGUAGCCCCCCCCUGCAACUUCCACGGAGGGAACGUUUGUAGCGAUGUGUUUUUUGGGUUGAAUGUUGUUCGAACGCCUAAGAUGGUCUCCACUUUUUUCCUUUGGCUGGAUUUGUUUUGUCAUUUGCUGUUAGAGCACCUUGUUGGUCAAUGAGCACACCCGUCGCGGGUGGAUACUUAGGUGAGGUCGUAGGAAGAACGUUUUCUAUUCUAAAUAUUGCGUCACUUCCCCCCGACAUGGGAUUUAUGUCGUUUUGAAUAUUCAAGUUGCGUUCGUGGGGCUCGUGGGCUGAGGUGUUUGCCGCGCACCUACGUUUUCUACAUUUUCCACUGUCGUUGGCCCGUCCCUCGAGGCCUUGCGUAUGUGUUAGGCACUCGUGAAGAAAGGUGUGGUAUGUUCGUGCAUGACGUUUCCUUACAUGCUGCAUGCUGUUCCUGUAUUUCCUAUCGUCACUACCAAGGGGGUGCGAGGGGAGCGGGGGGGUGGGGCAGACGAGACUCCGCCACAGCGCGAGAUAGCCGACUUGUCAACCGAGGAGCUUCUCGAUAUAUCCCGUCACCUCAUGGAAACUCUGAGGGUAGCAAUUGGAUCAACGGACGCCGCUGGCUUGACAACGAUGUGCAUGCCUGAGUUUCUUGGCGACGAUGUGCUCUACUACAGUCAAAUCAAUGGGAGGAGUAACAGGCGGGGCGGUAGAUAGCAUGGAGGAAGGUUUGGGCGAGGCUGCUCCGGUUUUGAGAAAAUUGGAGGACGCCGUCAAUCUUUACCACCAGAAGAAGGCGACGUUCAUCACCGACUCGCUCGACGCCGUUGACAACUACUCAUCCGAGCGCGCAUACCGUUUAGUCCAGCCAGGGGUCGGUUUUGGCGU